CCGCAGCAGCAGCAGCAGCAGCAGUGGAUGAUGAUGCCCCCACAACAGCCUUUUCAGCCACAGCCCCCUCAUGGGUGGUCCCAACAGCCACAGCAAGCCCCGCAGCCGCAGGUACCACCUCAGCAACCACAGCUCCAAACGCAGCAGCAGCAGCCGCAGCCGCAGCACCAGUACAUGCCCGCGCAACCGGUGAGUGCAGAUGAGAUCCGCACGCUUUGGAUUGGAGAUUUACAGUACUGGAUGGAAGAGAGCUACAUUAACUGUUGUUUUGCUGCUUAUGCGGGCGAGGUUGUGUCGGUGAAGGUUAUCCGCAAUAAACAAACUGGUCAGUCUGAUGGUUAUGGCUUUAUUGAGUUUGUGUCUCGAGCUGCUGCAGAUAGGAUUUUACAGACAUACAAUGGCACACCCAUGCCUAACGCCGAGCAGAAUUUUAGACUGAACUGGGCUACUUUUAGUUCUGGGGAUAGGCGUCAGGAUGAUGGUACAGACUUUUCAAUAUUUGUGGGAGAUUUAGCUUCUGAUGUUACCGAUUACAUGUUACAAGAGACAUUCAGGAGUCAUUAUCCCUCAAUCAAGGGUGCUAAAGUUGUGACCGAUAGAACAACUGGACGAUCGAAGGGCUAUGGGUUUGUUAGGUUUGGAGAUGAAAAUGAGCAAUUGCGUGCCAUGACUGAAAUGAAUGGGAUGUUCUGUUCGACUAGGCCAAUGCGUAUUGGACCAGCAACUACGAAAAAGAAUGUGGGUGGCCAGCAAAAUAAAGCUUCUUUCCAGAAUACACAAGGAACUCAGAACGAGAAUGAUGCCAAUAAUACAACUAUAUUUGUUGGUGGUUUGGAUUCCAAUGUUACAGAGGACCAUUUGAGGCAAAUUUUUUGCCAAUUUGGGGAGUUAGUUCAUGUGAAAAUACCAGUGGGAAAGCGCUGUGGGUUUGUUCAAUUUGCGAACAGAGCUUGUGCUGAGGAAGCUUUGCUGAUGUUAAAUGGAACUCAGUUGGGGGGACAAAAUAUUCGACUUUCGUGGGGACGUAGCCCUUCAAACAGACAGGAUGCAUCUGUGGCUCAGGCACAGGCACAGGCACAGGCACAGGCACAACCUGAUCAAAACCAGUGGAAUGGUGGAUAUUAUGGGUAUGCUCAAGGUUAUGAAUCAUAUGGAUAUGCACCAGCUCCACAAGAUCCUAACAUGUAUUCUUAUGGAGCGUAUCCAGGAUAUGGAAAUUACCAGCAACAGCAGUGAUCUGCUUUAUAUGUGGCAGUGAGGAAUUGAGAUUUCAUCUUUGAGUAUGGUGGCAUAUGUUCUGUAUUUAAAGAGGGAUUAAGGAGUUUGGACCUUCAUAUGUUUAAUGUAAACUAGUUUGCUGAUGGUCAAGUAUCAUCUCUGGGGCUUAUCACUGGUUUGAGGCCAUUGGAAGGACCUGUAGAAUAGUCUUGCUUGCUGGUGAUUGUUUAGGCUUUAUGCUUUUUCUUUUUUUUGUUUGUGAUCUUUCGUCCGAGUUUGCAGACAAAUUAUAAACUAGCUAGCUUAUAUUUGAGACUAGAAGGAUUAUGCGUUCAAUGGAUUCUUGUUUUUUUCCUCUUUGACGAAAAUUUGCAGGGAAUUUGUUGAAACGUGUGCGGUAGUCUUGUUUGAUUGAUGGGGAGAUGCUAUUGAACAUUUGUAGUAUUUUAAACACAUUUUAAGAUUUGUUAAUUUGGAUUCGGGAGUAAUUGAAUUCUGAAUAUUCUGUGUUUUA